CCGGCCCUUAGCGCUCUAUGGCUCUCCAAGUGCCAGUCGUGUGGCUGAGGACCCCAGCUGGUCCUGCAGCCGGGGAUCGCCAAAGGCGGAGACACGUGGGGCCGGGAGCAGCUGCCGGGAGCGCAGGUGUGUCUUCGGGGUGCUCAGCCCUCGCCAUGCCCACCCUGUACCUCUCCCCGCACCCGGACAAUUUCCAGAACCAGCGGGUGCUGAUCGCAGCCCGCUAUGCCCCCACGCUGCCCGAGGUGGUGGAGCUGCCGGAGCAGGGGCUCCCCCUGCGGCCCCCUGCCUCCUGCCCCCUGCCCAAGCUGCCGGCGUUGGAGAGCCGGCCGGGGGUCUGGGUCUNGGGCCCGGCCGCCGUGGCUCAGCUCCUGUGCCCGGAGCGGCUGAGGGGGCAGGGGCCAGCGGGGGGCGCUCUGGUGCAGCAGUGGGUGAGCUACGCUGACGGGGAGAUCGCCCCUGCUGCCUGUGCAGCCGCCUUCUCCGCCCUGGGUCUGGCGGAGCAGAGCAAGCAGGUGGUGGAGCGGGCAGUGGCAGAGCUGCGCCGGGCGCUGGCCGUGCUGGACGGGCACCUGAAGCUGCGCACGUACCUGGUGGCUGAGGCUGUGACGCUGGCGGAUGUGACCGUGGCCUGCGCCCUGCUGCUGCCUUACAAAUACGUGCUGGACCCCCCCAGCCGGGCUCCUUACCCCAACGUCACGCGCUGGUUCCUGACUUGCGUCAACCAGCCCCAGUUUCAGGCCGUGCUGGGGCCGGUGAAGCUGUGUGAGCAGGCGCGCGGGGGUGACGCCCCCAAACCGAAGACCCAGGAGUGUGUGGCGCCUGCAGAGAUGGGACCAGCAGCGGGGUCAGUCCCUGGCCCUGGGGAGGCCCCGGUCAAGAGCGCCUCUCAGCUGAAGAAAGAGGCGAAGAAGAAAGAGAAGCUGGAGAAAUUCCAGCAGAAGAAGGAGAAAAGCCAACAGCAACAGGGGGAGAAGAAAGCAAAAGCCGAGAAGAAGGAGAAGAAAGACCCCGGGGUUCUGACCUAUGACACCCCCACACGCCCGGGGGAGAAGAAAGGUACCAGGGGGUGGGGGAAAGGCAUUUGGACU